AUGCCCCCUUCGACCUCCCCCCUCACUACCCACUACGCCCUCGUGAUAGACGCUGGCUCUUCCGGCUCGAGACUGCAGAUAUACUCCUGGCGCGACCCCGACCUCGAACGCGCCGAGAUCUUGCGAGAAGUACAAGAUGCGCAAUCAUUGGAGGGCAAGGGGAAGAAGAGUAAAGGGAGAUGGUGGUGGGGUGGUGAAGAUGGGUAUCGGAUUGGAAAGGGCAAGGGGAAAGAAAGGGAAAUGGAGGAGAAGGCUUUGAGGCGCCUGGUUAGGGUUGGUAAAGGGGUGGAAGGGGAAGAUUGGGUGAAGAGGGUCGAGCCUGGUAUAUCUACUGUAAACCCAGAUGAUAUCACAGAGUACCUCGCGCCCCUCCUCUCACACGCACUCCAACAUAUCCCUCCCUCGGCCCACGCCAACACCCCGAUAUACCUCCUCGCAACCGCCGGAAUGCGCCUGAUGCCCCAAGAACGGCGAGAUGCCGUCCUCAAAGCGACUUGCGACAACCUCCGCGACUCUUACCCAUUCCAAGUGGAUGGGCCUUCGGACGCUGGGCCUUGUGGAGAAAGCGUGAGGGUGAUAUCGGGCGAAGAGGAGGGUAUGUGGGGAUGGGUGGCUGUCAACUAUCUCAUGGAUGGUUUCGGCCACGCCCCAACGCUUUCUUCGUCAUCCGACAACCUCUUGCCCCUCGCUCCUCUCGCCGAUCCACCACCCGAUUCCUCUUCGUCUUCGGUUACCCCCGUUGAUGUCAACCACCAUUCUCCUACAUUCGGUUUCCUCGACAUGGGCGGCGCAUCCACCCAACUGGCAUUUUCGCCCUCCCCCAGCGAGCUGGAUAGCUCCGGGUUCCCGGUGGAAGAUCUGCGCACGGUGGGACUGAAGCUGUUGAGCGGGGAAGAGGUCGAGUGGCCCGUCUUUGUCGCCAGUUGGCUCGGUUUCGGAACCAACAGAGCUCGAGAACGGUAUACUACUGCCCUUCUCGAGUCUUGGGCCCAAGCCCACCCAAACCCGACUGGGAAAGACCUCUCCACCCCCUUACCUGAUCCCUGCCUUCCUUCGAAUCUCCAAACACCAUCAACGUCUCCCGACCUUCCCGGUCUGAUAGGCACCGGCUCCUUCUCUCAAUGUCUCGAAUCUCUCGUCCCCCUACUCGAACACUCCACUCCCUGCCCUACAGAGCACUGCCUUUUCGCGGGCCAACCCACCCCGCGUAUCGACUUUGAACGACAUGAUCAGCGAGGGUUUAUCGGUAUUAGCGAGUACUGGUAUACUAUGGAGCACAUCCUCGGGGUGGGAGGCGUAUGGGAUUGGGGUGAGUGGGAGAAGGGGAUGAGUGAGUUUUGUGGGAAACAAUGGGGAGAGAUUGAGAAGGAGAGGGAGGAAGACCGAUUCAAGAGCGUUGACUUGGACCCGACAAGACUCGAAAUGCAAUGUUUCAAAGGCGCCUGGAUAUCCAACGUCCUCCACGAAGGUAUCGGCAUCCCCCGUCUCCUUGACGUCGGCGGCAACGACACCCUCACCGGCGGGGACGUCGGAGACACCAAUGCCGAAGCCGAACGGCGCGCUCGCGAAAAAGGUCUCCUGGAAGGAGCUGGGAAUGGCAAGCACCAUUUUCAGAGUGUUGACGAAAUUGGGGAGACGGCAAUCUCGUGGACGCUCGGCAAAAUGGUCAUUGAAGCGAGCAAGGCUGUUCAGCCGAGGGAUACGGUGAGGGAAGGGGCGUGGACGAAGAAGCUUGGGCUGGGACUUCCGGCAAAGCUGGAAAAUCGCUUGGAGGAUAUGGGGAUACAGGUGGUAUGGGCGUAUGCUUUCUUGGCGUUCGUUCUGCUGGCUUGUGCGUUUGGGCGUAAGAAGAGGUAUACCUCGACGCCAGGGCGAAGGAGAAAACCGAGCAUAUCGGAUCCUUAUGGGUCCUCUUCGAAUGCGACAAGGAUGUGGCCGUUCUCGCUCUGGGCGCAGCCCGAAUAUAGUGUGGAAGAUGGCCCGAUCGAGCCUAUGCUCUCAGCCGGGAAACGCUCCAUCAGUGCCCCGGGCAGACUACGUCUCUACACCCGACGUUUCUCCAACCUCCUCUUCAAACACAUUCCCUUCCUGUCACCCCCACAGCAUCAACCCUCUUACGGCCUCAGCCAACCUCGGUCUCGUCCAUCGUCAGCCAACUUGUCACAAUUCAUACCCUCUCCCGCAUACUCUGCACCUUCAUCCCCGCGCACGUCGACGGGCUUCUUUGUGCCGGCUCAUCAGGCCAUGUACAACGGCCUUAUGGCUGCAGCGCCCAUAGGAGGGAGGGAGAGAAACAGCUUGACACCUGAUACCAUGUCUGGGGUCGCCUCGGCUAGUAGCAUAUCCCCCGUCCCGAGUGUCGGCAGCUCGCCGCCCUCAAUGUCCCGAUCGACACUCAACUACGGGCGCCCGUUAAAGAGCCGGCAGAAUAGCUACCACAUCCCACAACCAGCAUCAUCUCCUUCCGGCGGGUGGAACGAUCCACCUUCGUCAAUGCUAUUGUCUACCCCCACUGCUGCGACUUCGUCGAGCUCGUCGGAUCCUCUGAGCCCUCCAGCGGCGGGCGUAUUGACGCCGACGGCGAACCAUGGGAGCUUGCAGACUGGAGCGAGGGACGGGCUGGCGGGGAUGCUGAGUAGGAAUUCGAGUAGGGUCGGGCUGAAUGAGUUGGGGUUGGCGCAGAGGAGCAUGAGUAGGGCCGGGACGCCGGGGUUUGAGUGA